UCGAGAUCAAUAUUUCAAUUGGAACGGUUCAGUUUAGACAUGGCUUCGAGGAUGAUGAUAAAAUACUUUAUAUACAUUUCUUUGAUUGCAUGCAUAAUUUACUUACUAUAUGCUCUGAUCAUUGAAGACUACGGUUAUGAUAUAAUCAGUUUGCCUUCAGAAUCUGUUAUAACAACUGCUAAGCAUGGGAUGCAUGAUAAAAUCAAUCUACCGCCAGAAUCUGUUAUAACAACAGCUAAGCAUGGGAUGUAUGAUAAAAUCAAUCUACCGCCAGAAUCUGUUAUAACAACAGCUAAGCAUGGGAUGUAUGAUCAAAUCAAUCUACCGCCAGAAUCUGUUAUAACAACAGAUCACCACGGAAGACACAUGUGUCCACAGCAUUCACCGAUCCUUGAAGGUAGUAUGAAAAUGAGAUUUUCUGAUGUUCCGACAUUGAAGCAAAUGACUAAGAUGUUUAAGUGGUUACAACCAGGAGGAAGACAUAAACCAGAAGAAUGUCUGUCCAGACACAAAGUAGCGGUGCUGAUUCCCUAUAGAAAUAGACAGGAGCAUCUUAAUAUCCUGUUGUAUGUUUUACACCCGAUGCUGAAACAUCAACUCUUGGACUAUGGCAUUUUUGUCAUUGAACAGAGCAAUGGUACAUUGUUCAAUCGGGGGUUGCUCUUCAACAUAGGAUACGUGGAGGCAUUAAAAGUUGAUAACUAUUCCUGUUUUGUUUUUCAUGAUGUUGAUCUUGUACCUGAAAACGAUAAAAUCUUGUACGGAUGUAUAGACAGUCCAAUUCAUCUGUCUGCAGCAAUUGAUAUAUUUAAUUACAGAUUACUAUAUGAUGAGCUCUUUGGAGGCGUUUCUGCAAUGCUUCGAACGCAUUUUGAAGCGGUUAAUGGUUUUUCAAAUUUGUAUCCUGGAUGGGGUGGAGAAGAUGACGACAUAUAUCACAGAAUAGCAGUCCUAUAGAUGCGUAGUCACUAGGCAGACACCGUUUUAUUAGAUUUAUUCAGAUUCAAUAAUUAUUAAUAUGUUGACAAUGUUAGUGUGAGCGCAGCUUCAUGUAUAUACACAUACCCGAAUCCAACUUUUUUCCCAGGGGGAAGUGGGUACCAUCAGGAGUGCAGCCAAAACUAAGCACUGAUACUUAGUAUUUUACAAGCUAAAAGUGAAUAAAUUGGCAAAAUAAUUUAAUGGGUUUGAGUCCUCUGUCUGUCCAACUCCCACCUCCUCUAUAUGAGCGCCUGACAUAGUCUCUACCAUACUUAAUUCAAACGACUACCUCUGUCUUAAGAGGUGGCAUAGCUAUUUUCGUUUUCACAGUGGGGUUAAGGUGUCCCAAGUAAAAUGACAAGUAAUAAAAGCAAAUUCAAAGUAAAGUAAAAUUCUUCCAAGCGUCGCAUAAUUUUACUAAUAAUCGCUUAUCAAUAUAUAAACAAACAUCGUAUCACGUGGGGGAAUCUCUCGUUUAACUAUUACGUCAUCAUAAAAGCGACGUAGAACUAUUUUAUACGCUAGACUUACCUCGACACAGGUGAAAGAUGUACUGAAGUCAUUUGAGGUUUGAGCUUGAUAUGUCGACAUUGAUACGAUAGAUUUAAAACGUGACCCGGACCGAUAUAAUAUCGUCUACUAUUACAUCCAAACUUUUUGAUUAUAAACAAACUUUGCAGUGCCUAGAUAUAGAUCAUCUUAUACGUAAUCCACCAACUUGUUCUUCAUCUUCUUUCAACUAUAGUCCAGCUGGACAUGUCAUUACUGGUGAUGUUGAUAUAGUUGAAGAUGAGGACAUCAAAUCACUUAUUCUAAAAGGUCCUGAAUACAGAGAACCUCGGUCUUUCAAUUGACAACAGAACUUCAUUUCUAUUAUGAGCUCUGUUGAGGAUUAUGCCAAACGAUGGGCUAAAUAUGAAAAAGAAGAACUUGAUACAUUGUCAGAAUGGAUUAAAAGUAUAAGUGGAUUAUUAAAAUCCCGCAUUAGACGUAUGAAAACAAAUGUACGUAACAUUUAUCCUUCUGUAUUUAGUAAAUCAGAAGUGAUAAAAGAAUUAGAUAGGUUACAUGAGGAAUAUGUUUUAGUUCCAGCUGACAAAGCUUGUAACAGCAUUAUCUUUGUUUGUAAGGCACAUUAUUACAACUGUAUUUUAAACGAACUUGGCAUUAAUUCUACUUUUGGUAAUCGUACUUAUACUUCAACUGCCAUUUCAAAAGAUGAAAUUCUUUAUAACCAUGCUUCAGUUUUAGACACAUUUAAUAUUUCCGUCAAUGGGUUGAAUGAAUAAGAGUUACCGUACCUACAUGUAUACUGGAGUCCUAAACUACAUAAAAACCCUUACAAAGAUACAUUGCUGGAUCCAGUAAGUGCUCUACCAAGCUCCUAUCUUUGCUCCUCGCCAAAUUUUUAACAGUUGUGAAGGAGAAACUUCAAACUUACUGUGCGACUACAUACAUGUAUUCCAGAAGUGGUGUUAAUCAAAUGUGGAUUCUAAAAAAUUCUAUAGAACUUUUCAUA